AUGCACAUCCAUCUGGUCGCACUGCAUCAGCUGCCACGACGGGGCAUGUGUGGACGUCACUGAUUUUUUUUUUUUUCUUCUCUUUCCUCACCUUCCCCUUCUCGUUUUUUUUUUUUUUUUUGUUCCAGCAGAGCAUCGCUCUCCUUCGGCUCUCCCUCUCUCUCUACACCGCCCACUCCACUCACCGCCGCCUCGCCGGCUUCUUCGCCUCAUUACAUCGCCCGCUGCCCUUUUUUUUAAAAGGUAGAAGACACCGCGCAUUUUCUGGGGACCACAUUUGAAGAAAAUAAAGAUUAUCACCAUGGCGAGCACCGAAGAUAAACCAGCCAACAAGGAGAACACGUCCAGCUGGAAGGACUCCUUCUACAACCCGCGGACCGGGGAGGUGCUGGGUCGCACGGCCAGCAGCUGGGCCCUCAUCCUGCUGUUCUACCUGGUUUUCUACUGUUUCUUGGCCGGUAUGUUCGCCCUGACCAUGUGGGUGCUGCUGCUCACUCUGGACGACUACGUGCCCAAGUACCGAGACCGCGUCCCUUAUCCAGGGUUGGUGAUUCGUCCAAAUACAAUGGAUAUAACAUUCAACAAAUCUGAGCCGCUCAAGUAUGCGGGCUAUGUCAAACACCUGGAGACCUUCCUGCAAAGAUAUAAUGAUACAGAGCAGGAGAAGAACGAGGACUGCACCAAAGGAGAGUAUUACGAGCAGGGCGACGACGUCUUGACAAAGAAAGCUUGCCGCUUCAAUAGGAAUAUGCUGAGUUUCUGCUCCGGCCUCUCUGACACCAACUUUGGAUAUUCUGAGGGAAAACCCUGCGUGCUGCUGAAAAUGAACAGGAUCAUUGGCUUAAAGCCUCGUGGGGAUCCCUACAUCAACUGCACAGUAAAAAGAGACAACCCAAUUCCAAUACAGUAUUUCCCCAGUGAGGGGCGCAUUGAUAAGAUGUAUUUCCCCUACUACGGCAAGAAAGCCCAUGAGACUUAUGUGCAGCCCCUUGUGGCUGUGAAGCUGCUGCUCAGCAAGGAGGACUACAACAAGGAGCUCCCAGUGGAGUGCAGAGUAGAUGGCUCCGACCUUCGCAACAAUGACGACAGGGAUAAGUUCCUGGGCCGCGUCACCUUCAGGGUCAAGGUGAUCGAGUAAAGGAGAAGACAGUCGGUAAAAAGGAAACCAGAUGCAGAGGUUACCCACGUUUGCUAAGGAUUUAUAUGUAAAAAAAAAAAAUUUAAAAAGGAAGGAAGUGUCAAAUACGUCACAAAGACAGGAUAUUGGGGAUGUGGCCAAACAGUUUGAUGCAGAUAUGAAAGCCAGUUAUAG